CAGCUCCACAGAGGAAGUGGUGAGCAGACCCCGUAGACGUCCGCCAUUUGUCAGUCAGCAGUGAGAAAGGAUGAAGAUCGGUGUGUUUUAUCUCGGCUUUUGUGUGCUUCAUACACUCACCUCAUCUGCUACCAAUAAAGAAGUCUUCAUACAAAUGACUCCCAGCAGGUCCCAGUUCUUUCAGUAUGAGCGUGUCUCUCUGAGCUGUGAGGUCUCAGCUGGAGGCAGUCGGCUGAGGAGGAACACAACCACCAGAGGAACUGAGUCCUGCCCGUACGGCUGGGGAGCUCUGAAUGGCUCCACCUGCACCAUCACCACACUGUACGUGUCAGACACUGGACUCUACUGGUGUGAGUCCGAAUCAGGGGACCAAAGCCAGACUGUACACAUCACAGUAACAGCUGAUCCGGUAAUCCUGGACAGUCCUGCUCUUCCUGUGAUGGAGGGAGACGCUGUGACUCUGAGCUGUACAAACAGGAAGACUUCCUCCUCCAACCUCACAGCUGAUUUCUACAAAGAUGGCGUCUUCAUCAGGAGCAGCUCCACAGGAAACAUGACCAUCCACAGUGUUGCCACGUCUGAUGAAGGACUCUACAAGUGUAACGUCUCUGGAGCUGGAGGAUCAGCAGACAGCUGGCUGACUGUCAGAGUGUCAGACCCUGCAGCUCCUGAUGCUCCUGAUGCUCCAGUGAUGUCCGUCUCCAGACUGGUAUGUCAUGUCAUCGUAGGGACUCCGUACCUGCUGUCCACCAUCAUACUGGGACUCAUAUACAGAGACAGAAGAGGUGAGAACCAAACACAACUGACUGCUGCAUUUGUGCAUCUCUUCUUUCUUCGUCAUGUUUCUUCUCCACGUUGCAGCUGCUCAGCUCGUUGCAGAGGACAGACGACAUGAUGUCAUCAUGGAGGUGGAAUAAAGGACCAGACCGCACACAUAUUGAAUAUUAUAAUGUCUAUGUAAGCCUGUAUUACAUUUUAUUUGUGUACUUUUUUUUGUCCCUGGCUCACAGAAGAAUAUAUAUUUACCAAACCAAAGCAAACCAAAGCAUUAGAGACUCUAACUGCAAGCCAAUAAUGUGGUUUAAAAGGGAGAAUGUCUCUGCACUCACAGGGGAUCAAACAGAACUAUAACAGCACCUGCAGAGGAAGAGAAGCUGCUUCUUGCUCGUGUGGUUUUGGUGGUUUGAGACUUUGCAGACUGCUGUUUUUUUAACAUGUGAACAGUUUUUUUGUUCACAUUGUCACACUCACAUUGUCUGUCAGAGAGAGAUCAUGACAUAUGCUGAAGUAGAGCAUGCUACUGUUAGUCUAGCCCUGCUGUGCGGUCUAGAAAUAUGCAGAUUUUUUUGUUCUUAUCCUUUCUUUAACAAUGCAUUUUCAUCAAGGUUUCAUUUACAUGUAUACACAGCAGCACAGCAGAGACACAAAUGAUCCAUUACUGCGUUUCCAGCGGCUUUAGAGGCACCAAAUGUGGGUGUUGUUCAGUGACCUACUGCUCUUUUGCAGUGGGAGUAGUGCCAUGUAAAGUUGUUUAAUCCAAAACAUGAUCUUUUUCACACCAUAACCAAGUGUUUCUUGUGUUGCUGUGCAUCAUAAUAUACACAUGUAAUGUAUCCUGUGGUUCGCAGAAACGUACAAUGCCAGCAUUUAUUCAGUCAGUUGGGUUGAAUCUGAAAAAUUUUCCAAAAAUUCCUGGACACAAGACACUUGGAUAAUGGAAUUUUCAGAGGUUUGCAUUUGUUUUAUUAAAUUUUUUUUUGCCAUCUUUCAUUUGGAUAUAUUUUUUUAGCGCUCUGCUUUCCUCAAACUUAAGAGUCCACCCCAAAUCAAGCACACGUUUCCUCUUACCUGUCGUGCAAUUUGUCGGUCUAGAUAGUUUUGGUGCUGGAGAUAUCGGCCCUCGAGAUGACUGCCUUCUCUCCA